AUGGCGGACGAGGCGACAGCACCCAUUGCAACAGAGCCCACGACCUCCACCAAGAUCACAACGCGUCCCGCAGAUGCCGCAGCUGAGCCUGCUGUCGCCGAGGCGAAGCCCUCUGAGGGGGACGCCGUCAUCGCUACCGAGGGCGUCGCUGAAGUUCCAGAAAAUGUGAAGACCGAGGAGAAUACCAUUGCAAAGGAAGAGGCCACCGCCGACGCGAAGGCCGACACAGCCGCAGCAAGCAAUGACAUAGAUGCCGCAUCUGCUGCUGAGCCCGCUGCUGAGCCUGCUGCUGAUGCCUCCGCGACCAACGGGACCACAACCACCCCAGCUAAGAAGACGAACAAUGGCAAGCGCAAGUCUGGGGCUGGCGUUCCUGAGCAUAAGACCAAGAAGACACCCGCCAAGGGGAAGAAGAAGGCGCCUGAGCUCCGUCUCGAUGCUCAGCCAGGAGACAUGUACAUGGUCGCUAUGCGAGGAUACCAGCCAUGGCCAGUCAUCGUUUGUGACGAAGAAAUGCUUCCCGAGUCUCUCCUGAGCAAGCGACCAGUCAGCGCGAAGCGUAUCGAUGGUACAUACCGUGAAGACUUCCUUGAGGGUGGAAAGAACGCGAAAGACCGCAGGUAUCCUAUCAUGUUCCUCGGUACCAACGAGUUCGCAUGGCAAGUCAACACUGAGCUCUUGCCGUUCGAUGUUGAGGAUGUAAAGAAGGAUGUCGAGUCCGGCAACUCAGCAAAGAAGAACAAGGCACUAUGGUCAGCAUAUGAGAUUGCCGCAGAAGGCCACGACCUGGCAUACUUUAAGGGCAUGCUCGCAAGCCACGAGGCAGCCCUGCAAGAGGACGCUGAGGCGCGCGAAGCCAAGGAGUUAGAGAAGAAGGAGAAGAAAGAAAAGGCCGCUAAGCGAAAGAGCACAGCUGCAGCCGACUCCGACGAUGUGGAGAUGGAAGACGCUGGCGACGACGCAGCACCUUCAGCGAAGAAGGCGAAGGCAACCAAGAAGCGCAAGAAGGAAGAUGACAGCGACGGCGGCGAGCCUGCGGCUAAGACACCAAAGACGACCAAGCUGAAGCUCAACAACAAGACCCCUAAGGAGGGUUCUGCUGCGAAGCCCAAGAAGGAGACGAAGUCUAAGAAAAAGGGAGCCGAGGAAGCCGCGCCUGCUGAGCCCGAGGAGCCGCCAAUGUCUGCAGAAGACCGUCUUAUCAAGCGCGAGAAGCAGAUUCUCUAUCUUCGACACAGGCUGCAAAAGGGCUUCCUCUCGAGAGAUCAGGCCCCCAAGGACGAGGACAUGGCCAACAUGGCUGAUUAUUUGAAGCAGCUCGAAGCACACGAGGAUCUUGAGGCUGAGGUAAUCAAGAGGACUAAGGUCCACAAGGUCCUCAAGGCCAUCAUCAAGCUGGACAACAUCCCUCAGGAAGAGCGGCACAACUUCAAGCAACGCUCCACCGAGCUGCUGAACAAGUGGGGGGGCGCUCUGGCUUCUGCUGAUGGAGAGUCUGCUGAGAAGACCACACCCGCCGCCACCAACGGUGUCAAGGCUGACGACGAGAAGUCCGAGUCCGCAAAGGCCGAGACACCAGUGGUCGAGAAGAAGGAUGAGGCCAAGGACGAGACUAAGGAGGAUGCUAAGGAGGAGACCAGGCCUGAGCCCACAGAACAGAAGAUUGAGGAAGCACCAAAGGCUGACGCACCAGCCGAGCCAGCUGUUGCAGAGCCUGCCGACCAGGAUGGCGAUGUCUCGAUGGCUGAUGUCGAAGCUACGAAGGAGGCACCCGCGAUUGUCGAUGCACCGAAUCCAGAGAGCGUUAAUGAUGCGACCACUGAGUCGAAGGCAGAGACCGCGGCAGCGACCACUUCUUGA